CCAGGCACUAUUCGAGCGUCCUUUAGUGACUGCGCAUGCGCCCCGAGUCUCUUCUCGUGUCUUUGUGUCGGAGCGGUGAAGACUUCGAAGCUCUCCGUCCUGUUGUCCGCGUGUGUGUUGCGUUGCUUGAGAGGCGUGUGUGUGUCAGGUGUGUGCUUGACAGGUGUGCGUGUGAGAGUUGUGUGUGUGAGAGGUUUGUCCGUGCACAGAGUGUCCGACGGGAUGAAGAGAGGAAAGAAGGCAGAGGCGGCCGAGCCGGCGUCGGGGGACGAGGACAAUGAAACCGCGACCCCUAAGAAGGCAAAGAAGGGGAAGGAGCCGGAGCCCCCCAUCCUGUACGAGGACCACCCCGAUGUGACCGCUGCCGCCGACGGCCGCGAGGCCAACAUGAAGAUCACCUCCUGGAACGUGGACGGCCUGCGGGCCUGGGUCAAGAAGAAGGGCCUGGAGUGGGUGCGUGAGGAGGCCCCAGACGUCUUGUGUCUCCAGGAGACCAAGUGUAACGAGAAGUCUCUCCCGGCGGAGAUCACCUCCAUGCCGGAGUUCCCCCACAAGUACUGGCUGAGCGCGGAGAAGGACGGCUACAGCGGCGUGGCCAUGCUCUGCAAGACGGAGCCCAUCAACGUCACCUACGGCAUCGGCAAGGAGGAGCACGACAAGGAGGGGCGCGUCAUCACCGCAGAGUUCCCCGCCUUCUUCCUGGUCACCACCUACGUCCCCAACUCGGGCAAGGGCCUGGUGCGGCUGGAGUACCGCAAGACCUGGGACGCGGACCUCCAGGCGUACCUGCUCGGCCUUGAGGAGAGCAAGCCCGUGGUGAUGUGCGGCGACCUGAACGUGGCCCACCAGGAGAUCGACCUGAAGAACCCCAAGGGCAACAAGAAGAACGCGGGCUUCACGGUGGAGGAGCGCGAGGCCUUCACCGCGCUGCUGGCCGCCGGCUUCACCGACAGCUUCCGCCACCGCUACCCCGAGCAGGCCAACGCCUACUCCUUCUGGACCUACAUGAUGAACUCGCGCUCCAAGAACGUGGGCUGGCGCCUCGACUACUUCCUGCUCUCCGAGGGCCUGAUGCCCGGCCUCUGCGACAGCAAGAUCCGCAACCAAGCCAUGGGUAGCGACCACUGCCCCAUCACCCUGUUUCUUGUCGUCUAGGCAACCGCCUCCUGCAGCGACCAGCCCUAAAGCGCUGUUGUUGAAGGGAAACCAAACUCUGAACUCUGAUGCUAACCGUCGCUUAAGUGUUUGGAACAAAGUGGUCCUUACCCCUAUAGACCGGUCACUGGGGUCCGAGGUUUAGAGUUUGGUUUCUCUUUAGAUGUGUUGUCCUGUGACUUCCUGGUGCUACUUACUGUAUGUCAGGUUCAUCGGUUUAGUGACCCAGAAAACGAGUUUGUAGAAAAAUAGAUUUGGUAUUUCUGUUUGAGUGCAAACACACUUGACUGCAAGGUGAGGGGAUUAACAUUUUUCAUACCCGAUGUUGGAGUACCUCUGUUCCUAAAUUGUAAUUUCAUAUUUUUUGUUGUCAAACUUAAUAAAAGUAUUUCUUAUCAAA